AUAAUCUUAAAUACUAGGUCUGACCAAAUCAACUUGGUGAAAGCAAAGUCCGGCUCUUAUGCUUCUCACGGAAUCCCAGCCACAAGAGGUUUCGGCAUAAGAGUCGCUAAUUUUCCGAACUGAGACACGAAGGUUACCUAGAGCCUUUAUCAUCAUGCAACGUCUUCUCGUGCUCAGGCGCAAUGGCCUGUGCGUCAGCCCGUUAGCAUUAGCAGGAUGCCAGUGUCAGCUGUUCGCUAUGAUGAUCAUGCUUACCAUGGACCCCUUAUCGGGGGAUGGAUUCUUUACCGGACCUAUUUCAUAGCCCUCAUCUAAAGUUGCCGACGUCUUUUAUCCUAUGCAGCGAGGUUUGAGCCAUAUCAUGGGGAACAAAAAGGUCCAGACCUUGGGCGUCGCUCUCAGCAAGAUCGAAGAAAGCGAUCUCGACUUUGAGUAUGAAAAUGAGCGGCGAUACCAUAGCAAGAGUUUGGGAGAUUACUGGAUCCCAAAUGAUGAGCCGGAAAUUCAAAGAUUGAACAUGCAGUUUCAUUGCUUUCGUUUGCAAAAUGAUGGCAAAUUGCAUCUAGCUCCUUUGUCAGAGCCUCCAACAAGAGUGCUUGAUAUAGGCACCGGCACAGGGAUUUGGCCCAUUUAUAUGGGUAGAGAAUACCCUUCAGCUGAGAUCUACGCUACGGACAUUGCAGCAAUCCAGCCGAAGAAAGAUGUUCCACCGAACGUUCAUUUCAUAGUCCAUGAUGUCGAAAAGGAAUGGCCUUUCGGAGAGGAAUCCUUCGACUAUAUCCACAUGGCUAUGCUUCAUGGAAGUAUAGCCGACUGGCCUGGCGUGCUACAAAAGAUUAAAAGGCAUCUCAAACCCGGCGGGAAAGUUGAGCUCCUCGAACUUGCGCUGUGCGAAAUUCUCUCCGAUGAUGGCACAGUCACACCGGACCAAGCCUAUCCACGCUAUAUGAAACUCCUAUUCGAGGCAGCAGCUAAACGCGGCCGGGAGGUACACAUGGGUCCGCGUAUUCGAGGCCUUGUCAUGGAGGCUGGCUUUGUUGAUGUCUAUGAGCGCAUUAACAAAUGUCCCCAAAAGCCAUUGGUUGGCGACGAUGAUUUUCAUCAGUUCAUAGGGAUGAUGCAUCAUCGAAAUGUUCUAAGCGGCCUAGAAGGCUGGGCCAUGCGACCUCUAACAGGCACCUUUGGCUGGGCGCCUGAGCAAGUAAGAGAGCUUGUGAGACAAGUCAAAGAAGAGGUUGUGAAUCCAAAUAUUCAUCAGUACAUUAGAAUGCACGUUGUUCAUGGUACAAACCCAAGGCGCCCCGCGUCUCAACCCGUACCUGGCUUGACUUCUACCCUCCAUACGCUGGUGACAGGCAGCCUCGCCAUUGGUGUUGUUCUGGGUGCGACAGCUGCAUACUUUGCUCUGCGCCUCCGCUAAACACCUGAAUCUUUUCACCUUUUAGGCAGGUCGCGGCUUUGGAGACGAAGAUUUAAUAACUUCAUUACAAAAUUAUGGAAGAUUUUGGAGCAAAGUUUAAUCCAUUGAAGAUGGGGUCUGCGACUGGUGUGACCGAUCAAUUCCCAACGUUUUAGUAGAAACCUUGAUUAUAGCACAGAGAGGGGCCAGGA